AUGACAAGUCAUGAAGUGUUUCAACAUACCAAAGAACAAGAAUCGACAAUCGGUUUGAACACAGACGGAGAUCAUGUUGGUAUCACUAUAAAAAGGCACCCGGAUUCAGAAUCAACCCGUAAACCACGCAAGAAACGGAAAACAUACAGUUGUGGUGUAUGUCGCAAGUUCAAAACCAGAUGCGAUUUCGAACCCAUGAUAGGACGUUGCCAUCGCUGUAAUGUCUUGAAUCUAGAGUGUUCUCUAACAAAAGAGCGUGAAGAAGAAAUUUUGGCUGCAAUAGAGACCUCUUCCGGAACUACUCUCUCCACCGCCAGUACAGAUUCCCACACGCAACAAAGUGCUCAGAAAUCAUCAUGGGCAUCGCAACCGGUUGCUUCCACACUCAACAAUAGACUCAACAAGCUUGAAGCAAACCUUAGUAGCCUCAAUAGCAAGUUGGAUUUACUUGUGAUGCUUGCUCAGGGUACUAAUUCUGCAGCUACGACGAGUACUACCAAAAACAAGGUUUCUGUAAAUUUAGCAGAUUCCAAUCUCCAGGACAAACCAUACUCUACUGGAGAUGAAUAUUCUGUAAAGUCGGACGACUCAGAUGAUCGGAUUGACGAUCGAGAUUCUCUGCUACCAGCUACCAAAGAGGACUCCCAUACAUAUUCAAGAGAUUAUCACAAGGUAGACCUUAACGGUCUUAAGCUACAAGAGCCACCACUGAAGCUCAUAAGCGAUAUUGACGAGCGACUGUUUCCCACGAAGGCCAAGUCAGAGAAAGACAGAAUUGCAAAAACUCAAAGACCAUUCGUCGUGGCGAGAUCCAAUUUUUUUAAAUUCUUCAACCAGCAUGAGCAACUUUGUUUGUACCUUUCGCGGGACUUUCUAGUCAAAUCACAUUUCUGGAUUAUUCCUGGAGGGGUGAAAGAAAUUAAUCGUCCUUACGUCGAGAGACAUGUAUUCAUAACAAGCGUCUUUGCUAUCAUUGCCAUGGGUUUCGAUGAAAAUAACAAAUACGAAGAUGAGCAAGAAAUAAUGUAUCCACUUGUUGAGCGACUAUUGACCAAUACUUUAACAAUGUUCGAGAGGCUGACAGACCACGAUAUCGAGGCUAUUCUGUAUUGUAGUAUGUUCAACGUGUCUCGAAAGUCAAAGAGACACAGGCAAAUGAAGUUCAACUCUCUGGUACUGACUAAUUUCGCGAUUAGCAGCUUGCUAAAUAUUGUCGACUUCCACAAAAUAAAGGAAAGAGUGCUGAUGGAGGAAGAUUAUGAUGCGCUAGAUCUCUAUCACUUGCGAAUUUUGAAUUCCCUGACUGCUUGCCGAUUGCAAUACUCGAUUGGAUACGGGAGCUUCCUGGUUCCUGACGAACUACUGAAAGACUUCAACAAUCUUACUGCAAGAUAUCCACAGGCAAAUUUUGGCGAUGACAUAAAAAUUAGUGAAAUCAAUUUGAGCGAGAUUGUUAAUCAUAUAUUUCUGAAUUUCAAGUCUUACUUCAAGAAUUUCACUAUUGCAUUUAAAGCAAAGCAUAAAGAUAGCAAGUCAACUCCACGAUCUAAAUCUAGCGAAGGAACAACGAGCAGAAUUCCGGAUGAUCCUCUUACCUUCCCGGAGCUGGAAUACUGGCUUAAAAAUUGGGAUGAACUUCUCUCCAAAGACGGUGGAGGAGUUUUAUUGUUUGCAUACAAUUACUAUUACAUUAUGAUCUGCCGAUCUUUUUUAACGGAGUUUUAUGAGGAGUAUCAAAACGACCUAUAUUUCUUCAAAUCUGUCUUAAAAACGAUGAAGACUUAUUGCUUCACCUUGCUCGAUGGAUUCCUUAAAUUGCCAUCUUCUUUGAUAAAAGGUGCACCCGUAAUAACCGUUUACCAGCUGGUUUUUGCAUGUUUAACGCUAUGUGACUUUUUGCAUUUUUUCAAUGCUUCAGAGAGACAGCAAAUACUGAACCUAUGUACAAGGAUUUAUUGGCACCUGCACACCAUAGGAGAAAAAUUGAAUGAAGCCACUGAAAAUGUAGGUAAGAUUAUCAAGUCGCUAAUUGAGACCGGGAAGAAAAAGGUAAAUACAGGAAGCGAAGCGCUUGCUUCCACCGAUAAUCAUUUGUUAGGAACGCAUAGCAGCCCUUACGCACCUUUGCAAACUAUUCUCAAUAACGUCGAGUCUCCGAAAAGUGUCAUGUCUGCAACGUCACAUGCUAGUGGAGCCGAAAGCACAACAGCAGCUAGCUUCAACAUGCCAGAUGUCGACCAAUUUAAUUCGUUCGAAGACUUCUUUCAAGAUUUUUUCGAGAAUCUGAAACCAACGACGCAAACCAUAUUUUCUUCCAUCAAUCAUGGUCCGCAUUGA